AUGACCGACGAGGAACCCUCUCUCAACAUCCCCUCCCUCCUCACUCUCGCCGUCGUCUCCUUUUUCGUAAUCCGAUGGUUCUUCAAGAGUAACGACGGCAGCAGCGCGCCCGGUGGCUCCCGAGGCCGCGCCCGCGGAAACGUCGUCGACCCGGCACAAGUCGAACAGAUAUCUCAAAUGUUCCCGCAACUCAGCACGCGAGAGAUCAUGUGGGAUCUACAGCGGAAUGGCGGGAAUGCGGCUGCGACAACGGAGCGAGUUCUUUCCGGCAGGGGCUUGGAUGCGCCCCCGCCCUCUUUCCAACCUCUCGUUGCGAUUCCGCCUACCGGUGUUCCUGCCCAGCCUGCGGCUUCACCAACGCCCUCAAAAUCCAGCGGGCAAGACCUGAUUUCGCGGUAUAACCUUUCUGCAAAGAUUGCCGAGGCCAGCGGAGUAGAGUCUGAGUCCGGAUCUGAUGCGAAGCCAUCAUCAAGCGGAGGCUGGUCGCAGAAUAAGGAAGAACGGCAGCGUCUGCUCCAGAAGCGGAGAGAUGAAAUGAUUCUGGCGGCGCGGAGGAAGAUGGAGGCUAAGCAGCAGAGUGCGCAAUGA